UCUUCCCAACCCGGCCUAGGAAAGGCUGCCUUGUGGCCGAGGGGGGCGGGACCUCCCCUGGGAGGCCCCUCUGGGUGCCCAGAACCAGCCCCGCCGUCCUUCCAGGAGGCACCGAAUCCCCAGCCUCGAGAGGGAGGGCCGAGUAAGGGAGGGUCAGGGCUGAGGGCCAGAGCUCAGGGGUUACUCCCAGAAGCCCCUCUGAGCCCCUCCUCCUGCCUCAGGGUCACCGCUCCGAUGCGGUGACUGACACAGCGGGGGUGAGGGGGGCUUUUAUGGAGGUGAGGAGAUCUAGGGAUUUAGGGAGUGGGUGGGGCUGGAGGGUCUGCCUCUCCCCCUCUCGGGAUCUCUGGGGAAAGGGGCAGAAUCCGUGUGGAAAGGAGGGACUGAAAGAGAUUCCAAGAAGAAAGGCCGGGAACCAAAGGGAGGAGCCUCCGGCAAUCCCCCAGCAAGAAUCCCUUUAGAGUCACACCAUCUGCCCCUGCUGGAAUCCCUUUUGCCACGGGGUCCUCACUACCUCAUUCAGAAGCCCGCUCUACAAUGGACGGCUUGGAUCUGGCCAAGAUCCUCUCGUGUCCCUCCUCCCCCUGCUCUAGUUUUGGUGGGUCCUCGAGGCCAGCAGGGUGGCGGCUGCCUCUGCCUGCAGCCAUGACUGCGCCCCCCAGUGACAGAGGGAGGCCCACUCUAGGCCAGAGCGCCCCCGCCUCCGGGCAGGGCCAGGCCCGCCUCUCCCACGUCCCGGAUCCAGACAUUUAGGGGGGCCCUCCAGGAGCUCCUGGACGCCCACGCCAGGACGGCUGACUCCCGUCGGGCGGCGCCUGACAUGGGGGGACCCUGGGCAGGGCCCCGAGCCAGCCAGCACCCCCCCUCGUCCCCCCAACAAGGCUCCCCCGGAGAGGGAGGCGCUCGUUAGCGAGCUGGCAGCUAUUUAUAAAGCUGUUCAGGCGCCCUCUGAGAAGGGAUCCUCUUGGCAGGAUCCGGCGAGCCCAGCUCCAGCCAAAAAUAAAAGUCAAGUGAGAAUCCCUAAAUAGCGCGCCGUUCUGCCGGGCCACAGGACCCGAGCCUCGUCCCCUGGGUCCCAGCUGCACCGAGCAGCUGUGGGAAGCCCCCGGCUGCCAGCGCUACGGCCCUGGGGCCUGGGGUGGGAAGAAGACCGCCUCCUGCGCUUCCUGUGCUUCCUGCCCCAGGCACACCGCGCCAGGGCAGCCAGGAACAGGGCUGCCCGCCCAAGGAAGGCCCCCAGAAGAGCUCUGGGGAAAGCCCGCAGCGCGAGGAGGGCCCUGCUGGCAGAGCUGGAAGGCCCAGCAGCAGAGGUCGAGCCUCGGCUCCAGCUGUUGAGGUCCUCUUCGUAGCCGCCGGGCUGCCCGGCUGCCCUCCCCCUUCAUCUGAGAAUUCCUCUUUGCCCGGCAGGCCCCCCUCUGCCCCCCUCUGCCCCCGUAGUCAAAGGACAGCUUCCUCUGGAAAUCCAGCCUCAGGAUUCUGUCAUCCCCGUUUUGUGGACGUCAGCCCAGGAGAGCGAGCUGGAUGCAGAGGCCCCGGCAGCCAGCCUACCCAGGGGUUCAGGGCAGGAGAAAGGCAGCGCGCCCCUGGCCCCGCAGCCGUGCUAGGACUGAGCCUCGGCCCAAGGCUCUUCACACAGAGGCCUAACAGGAAGGAAGGUGCAAAAGGGCACAACCACCCAGCGGGAGGGGCCAAAAUUCUGGCCAGGCAGGAGCCCAGGAGUCGAGCUCGGCCUCAGCAUUCACCACCUGUGGCGCUGUGGGCUCCGUUUCCUCAUCAGUAACAUGGGGACGAUUCUUGUGGCUUCCCCUUGGGAAGCCCUAAAACCCUCUAGCCAGUGGCUGCGCCUUAACCAUACCAGCCAGGGGAGGUCAGACACCAGGCUGGCCUCCUUCCAAAAGACUGGCCCGAGUCACGCCAACACUUCUGUCUGGGCUGGACCCCAAACAAGCAAACUGGGGAGCUGAGGUGUGUCCCUGCUCAGAGCCACGAGGGGGAACAAAGAGGAGGAGCCCCGGCAGCCGAGGCCCAGCGGAGGAGGAAGUGCAGGGCGCCCCUCAGCGUGGGGUCUGAGAACAGAAAAGGGCUCCACUGGGAGGGGCCUCGGAGGGGCUUGAGUCCAUCCCGACCACCCUCCCGUUCAGCUCUCCUAUGACACAUCUGGGAGCCAGGACAGACCCUGGGGAGGCUGGGAGAGCUCUCCAGCCACUUCUGGAGGCAGGAGGGCGCCUGGCACUGGGGCACCCCAGGGGGCAAAGUCCGCUGAGAAUAGUGAGCGCUGAGGAACAGGGCCGGGGCCAGCCGUGGGAAUCCUCUCCCGGAGCUUCGCUGGCCGAACGGGGUCUUCCCUCCCCCCGCAGACUGAUUCCACGCAGGUUUCCGUCUUCUUUUAAAGCCUCGUCGCAAGAUGCUCCCAAGACUCGGAGGCCUCCCGCAGUCCCCAAAUCUCUCCCCACAGGCCUGGUGGCUCCCUCUGCACCGGGGGCAGGGGACUCCUGGGUUCGGCUAGCCAGCCCCGAGCCCAACGUCUUCCCGGGAACGGAUGCCAAGUGCAGGGAGCGGAACCGGCGGAGCAUCGUGAGACCCUCAUCGGGGGCUCCGGAUGAGGACGCUCCCGCCUCCGGAGUCAGGACCCACGUAGCGCCCCGUGGAGGCGGGCUCUGCAGGCCUCAGACCGAGGCAGCUCCGAACGUCCUGAUCUUUUGGUAUACAACUAAGAAAAGCGAACCUAAACGUGCACAAAGAGCGCCGCUGCAAAGCCUGGGGCCGGCCUCCCCCUCACCGCGGCUUCUUGAGAGCGCAGAAAGAGCGGGGACGUGGCCUGGAGGUCCCCCUAGUGCCCGCCGCGGGGGGUGCGGACGGAGGACGGGCCUCCUCCGAACGCCCCCCGAGGCCAAGUGGUCAGGAACGGCUGGCCGAGAAGCCCAAACCUGUCCCCCCCCACCAGGGCAUUUCACACCCCUCGCCCGGGCCGCUGCCCCGUCCAGCCCGGGGGUCCCCUUAGCUCAGCUUUCGGCUUGUUUUUCCAGGGAGGCUCUAAGCUCAUGCUGCCUCUCCCCCAGCGACCACCAUCUUGAUUCCCUCCUGGGUGCUGGGUGAGAACAGAGGAGUGCUGGCGGCCCCCACAGCUGCCCCCAAGGGCAGGAACUCCCAGCGAGCCGGAGACAGGAGGGGUGGGUCAAAGGCGGGAUCUCGGCCCCUGGCCAGACCCCCAGACGCGGAGGCAGGGAGGCCGGAGCUCAGGUCCUUCCUGGGGCAUUCACCAGCAAUGGACUGAGACCAGCGCUUCGCCUCGGCUUGCAUUUCUGUGAAAUGGGGGCGCGCAGCGUGCCGGCCUCCAGGCCUGCUGUAAGCACGAGGCCGGGCGGUGCCGGCCCCGAGCCUUGAAGGGACUCGUCCCACCAUUCCAGACUCCAGCGCGGCCUCCCCGUGAGGCUCGGAGCUCCUGAUGGGGUGCCGCAGGAGGCCGAGAGCGGCCGGGGACAGAUGAGGUCCGGCUGCUCCUGAGCCAGAGCCGGCGAGCCUGGGCUUCCCGGCACGGAGCGCCGCGCCAGGGAGUGACGGUGCGCAGCGGAGGCGCCGGAGCCGAGGGCGGGGGUGGGGGCAGGCAAGAGCCCCAACUUGGCUCCGGGGAGGGGCUGAGGCGGGACCCCCGCUCGGGGACGCCUCAGGGUCCUGCUUCUGGCGGGGAGGUCCUGGUUUGGGGGCUCCGGUGGAGCCCGUGUCUACCCCAAUCCAGGACGUUCGCUGGGCUCAGACGGGCCCCAUGAGUCAUUUCCAGAAACCUCCCGGGGAGCCUCUCCUGUGCAGCCUCCCCACGCCGCUCCCGGCCCCCGAGCGGCAGGGUCUGAGGACAGAAGGGCAGAUGCUGGGCCUGGGAGGAGCCUGGAAGGCCCAAAGAGUCGAUGAUGUCACCGGAACCCGCUAGAGCCCCGCUUUGUGCUGGAGAAGUCUAAGAGAGGGAGGAGCGACUGACCCUGGAGCGCCCCACAAGGGAAGGAGCUGCUCCCUCCAGGCUCUCUGCCAGUCUUGGGCAGCCCCUGCUGUGGGCGGUCAGAGGCCAGAGAUCAGGAGGCCUCGGAGGACCUGUGAAGGCCUUCCUCCCGGGGGCUGGGGUGAUGGUGGGCCCUGCCCCACUUGAAAUGCUUCAGCGUGUCACACACACAGAUGUGCGCGUGUGCACCUUUGCACCUACAGGUGCCCUCGGGCCGGCCCCCUCCAUGGAGCCCGGUGCCAGUCUGUGCCCAUGUCGGGCUUCCUCCUCGGGUCUGUGACGAGGGCCCGAAUGAGAGUCACGGCCGGCCCUGGGACGGCGCGUGAGGCCACAGCGAAGCCCUUUACAGACGCGGCAGCCUUGGAUGCUUGUUCUGUCUCCGUUUGACAACGGAGAAAGCUGAGAUGGACGCGGCUUUCCUGCAAUCUUACAGCCUCUACGUGCCUGGGACAUUUGAACCCAGGACUUCCUAGCACAGCCCCAUCCGCUGAGACAUCCUCCGGCUGCCUAAAACCUGCUAAGGAGUCAGGGAGGCUCGGGUCCAGCCCGGCCUCAGGGACAGAACUAGCUGUUAGUCACGGGCAAGUCGCCGAUGUCCCUGAGCCUCCGUCCUCUCAGCUGUGAAAUGGGGUAACGAUAACAGAGGGGGAGCUCCAGUGAGCGGCUUUGCCAGGCUCGAGGGGAGGCCAGCGCCGAUGGUGGUGGCGGUGGGGCAAAGGAACUGAUUACCGAGAUCACAGGUGAAGUGGAGAGAGUUAGAAUUCGAACCCGCCUCCAGACCUCCAAAUCUACACCGAGCUGCCUUCCAUCCGUCACGAGGCCUCUCAACAACCACAUGGGAGCAAAAAGUAGCCCAGACUUCUGCCGGGCUCCCCUCCUAGACACAGAGAGUGCCCGGCACCUGCCUUCUCCCACUGAGCCCUGCUCUGCCCACGGUGUCACGUCCCUCCCCGGGGUACUCGCAGCCCCCUGCACUGAAUGGUGGGGCUCCUGCCUAGCUGCCCCUAGGCUCCCCUGGCUCUGAGCUGAGCUCUGCCCACGCUCACAGCUCACAACCCUCCUCCAGACUCACGCAAGAAGUGCUUCUCCAACAAGGCGAUCUCCAGGUGCCCUUUGAUUUCAUUGAGUCGAUCAAAUUCUGUCCGGUUGUAAUCCUGGACACCAGAAGCCAUGAUGAGAGUGCCCGGAGCAGCCUGCGGGGACAGAGCAAACAGCUGAGGGAGGCAGCCAACUCCAGGCACCCCCACACCACCGGGAUAUCUGGGGCCACAAGCCCUGGGCACCUGGCACCACUGAGGCCGGCCUGGGAGCAACUAGGCCGGCUGAUGCCCUCCCUGACUCAGAUGGCCUUUGGGGCUCUCCCAGGACUCAAGGCUCCAACACAGAGUCGGGGAUGACUCAGCUCAGCUCCUGCAACGAUAAGGCACCCACUGAAUCCCCUUCUGUGUGACUUCUCCCUCUAACUUCCCCUACUAAUGGAAUUGCUAUGAUUAUUGUUCUCUCCCCAAUACAGGAGAAAUAUGAGAGCAAAUACUUAUAGGGUUAACACAUAUAUAUCCCUCCUUAAUCUCCCCAGAUUGUGACCCUAAAAGAUUACAUUCACAGAAUUAAAACCUAAAGAGUAUUACCAUUACCGCCCUCCUUUCCCUCUCCAGUUACAUUCACUCCCAUUACAAGCCAGGCAAGCCAAGACCAUCAAUCACCUUCAAGCCCAGGUCUACAGGACACACUCCACUGAUUUGUUACAUAACGACCAAGCAACCUUGCCAGGUGUCUGAAUCAAGCACAAGAAAUAUACAACCUGGAAACUGAGAAAAAUCCCAAUUCUGGUCUGUCUUAAAUUACUCUCUAACCCUGUACCUAGCUACGAAAUGUUUUGUUACCAUUUCCUAAGUAAUUGUGAUUGAUUGUGAAAGCUGACCAAAAGUAACAAUGAUUCUCUUAACUGGACAUCUCUUAGGUCAAGGGGAACUAACCUCCAGAUCACCUUAUUUAUAGCAUUCAUCUAAUUCUGUUAUGGCAACAAUGUUUCAUUGACUAUCUCCUUAGGCUUCGUGUCUGUUGUUAGGUUCUAUGAAAACAUGUAUGUUGAGAAAUCAUUGUGUGCUAGAAAAGUAUGUACUCACUGAACCUAUAAAAUAAACCAACCUCUGUGCCAUGGCAGAGCACUAUAUGAUUCCUGA